AUGGCGGCAGCCAUAACAACCGUGUCGGAGAGCCGUGAGGUCCGCGGACUCAACCUCAUUGCCGCGCACUCCCAUAUUCGUGGAUUGGGCGUCGACUUGGCAACAUUGGAACCGCGGGCAUCUUCGCAGGGUCUGAUCGGGCAAGAGAAAGCGCGAAAAGCAGCGGCGGUUAUUCUACAGAUGGUCAAAGAUGCAAAGAUUGCAGGAAGGGCGGUGUUGAUCGUUGGGCCACCGAGCACUGGCAAGACUGCCUUAGCCAUGGGCAUGGCCCAGUCCCUCGGUCCGGAUGUUCCCUUCACGAUGCUCGCCUCCUCCGAAAUCUUUUCGCUUGAGAUGUCCAAGACCGAGGCCCUGACCCAGGCCUUUCGCAAAUCUAUCGGAGUUAGAAUCAAGGAAGAGAGUGAGAUCAUCGAAGGUGAAGUUGUCGAGAUCCAAAUUGACAGAAGUGUGUCCGGGGGUAACAAACAAGGCAAGCUUACGAUCAAAACUACGGAUAUGGAGACCGUCUACGACAUGGGAACCAAAAUGAUUGAUUCCAUGACCAAAGAGAGGGUCAUGGCCGGAGACGUGAUAUCAAUCGACAAAGCAUCAGGCAAGAUAACCAAGCUGGGCAGAUCAUACACAAGAUCAAGAGAUUACGACGCUAUGGGUGCAGAUACCAAAUUCGUCCAGUGUCCGGAGGGUGAACUUCAAGUCCGAAAGGAGGUGGUCCACACAGUUUCUCUCCACGAGAUUGAUGUCAUCAACUCCAGAACGCAGGGGUUUCUUGCAUUAUUUUCGGGCGACACGGGUGAGAUUCGAAGCGAAGUGCGCGAUCAGAUCAAUACCAAAGUUGCCGAAUGGAAGGAAGAAGGAAAGGCAGAGAUCAUUCCCGGUGUCCUAUUCAUCGAUGAGGUACACAUGUUGGACAUUGAAUGUUAUUCCUACAUCAACCGGGCAUUGGAGGCGGACCUCGCGCCAAUCGUCAUCAUGGCAAGCAACAGAGGCCAUGCCCGCAUACGUGGAACAACGUACAGCUCGCCGCAUGGCCUGCCCUUGGACUUCCUCGAUCGCGUUGUCAUCAUCAGCACUCAGCCUUAUUCACAAGAAGAGAUCUCUCAGAUACUUGCCAUCCGAGCCCAAGAGGAAGAAGUUGAUCUAUCAGCCGACGCCCUUACCUUACUCACAAAGAUUGGUCAGGAAUCAGGUCUUCGGUAUGCGAGCAACAUCAUCACGACUUCCAGCUUGCUGAGCCAGAAACGGCGAGGAAAGGAGGUCGGCAUCGAGGACGUUCAGCGGAGCUACAAGCUCUUCUAUGAUCCUACAAGAUCGACCAAACUGGUGAACGAUUUCGAGAAACAAUUUAUCAGUGAAGAUGGGGAGGUCAGUUUUGUGCUGAAUGGUACCAACGGCAGUGGCGCCGAUGCGAUGGACACAGCUUGA